ACCAUGCCCACCGCCCCGAAGUGGUUUAAAGGGGCGCCCUUUGGUGUGCAGAGUCACAGGUUUGAUGUCUCUGCUGUUUAUCCCAACCUGAAGAAAUUCAGUACCUUCACAGAGGCCCCAUACUCCAGGCAUCACUCCGUGGACCUGGCCCACAUAGGACCUGGGACCUAUAACUCCAAAGAUACCUGCUUCAGCAAGAAGUUCCUGGAACAGAAGUUGGGCACAGGCUGGGCACGGGCCCAAGAAGCCACCCGGCUGACCCAGCUACCCCACUUCCAGUACCAGGCCAUCAUGAAGGAAAGACAACAGCAGGUGCACAAGCUAGGACCUGGAUCCUACAACUUCAAAGACUUCCUAACCCAGCUGCAGGAGAAACCACAGAGCAAACGGGGGCUGCUCAGCUCUGGGGAGAUACGCUUCCGGGGACUUAUUGGGAAUUUUUACCCGGGCCCUGGAAAUUACGGAGAGAAAGGUAACCCAUACACGCGGCUGGAGGAGGGCGCCUGGAACCGCUCACAUUCCGAGGGCCUUAUGUCUAGGAUGUCCAACAAGCCACUACCCUUGUUACAUGAGGGCAGUGGCCUGGGACCCGGGACUUACAACAUCAGGAGUGCGAUCGAGGACUAUGUGACACGAACCACCAGUUUGCGUGGCCCCUAUGACAUUUUCUCCGGCGAACGAAGCAAGCCUGUGUCCUAUGGGUACUACUCUGUGGAGAAAAAGAAGCCCAGGGAACUGACCAAUUUCAAGAGCUUCGUGGAAGAGCUUAACUCACAUCACAACAGGAAACGAGGGGUUUUCUCGAAAUAUCCCCGAGAUCCGAAACGUCCCACAGAGAGAAUUUACUGGACUACCAUUAGCCAGCACCCCAGAGAUUCAGCCAUAGCUGGUCCUGGUUUUUGGGUUCCUCAUGAGACGGAACAGAAACACGUCAACCGGCCGCCGUUCCUCCUGGCCACCAAGCGCACUAGCAAUAAAGCCUACCAGAUGUUUUUGGGCAGCUGGAACCCAGUCGGGGUAGGCCGCUACCUCAACACCACACUGAUGGAAACUAUAGACAGAAGGAAGCGAUACCGCUCCCUGUUCUUGAACGGACAGAAGCGCUACCUGCAGAACCUGAACCGGGACAAACUCAUGGCGGAACGGAUUACACCUUCUAUGAGGGACAAGUGCCCUCCAACUGUGGAUUACAAUUCAGAUCCUGUUCCUUAA